CAACGGAUCAGCAUCGCUAACAAAAAUCCCCUCGAAUUUCGCGCAAACUUGGUGGCGAAUUGUUCCUUCGUAAGCUUUGCCAAAGAGACAGGUCCUAAGAGUGCCGUUUACCGGAAACGUAGUGCAUUGUGUCAUUUUGUGGCCCGUAUCCGGUUACGUGACAAUGGACUCGGCAGACGAACGGCUCCGUUCAUUCAUGCUGUGGCCAGAUUUCUCCGCCGUAGGUUCCGUGUUGGCCAACGACGGCUUUUAUGCAGUGCCCGGAGGUCAACCGAGGGUGAAGUGCCACAGUUGCGAUUUGGUAGUGAUAUUGCACUCUAACGAUAGAACAAACGUGUCCCACGUUAAAGAAAUACACCGAACCCGGAGUCAACCCUGUGCGUUUCUGCUUGGCCAGGAGCCCACCAACAAUACUCGGUCCCAAAGUCCCAGCGAAAUGAAGGAUGAGCAGAAAAGGUUGGAGUCUUUCGUGAACUGGCCCGUUGCGUUCAUGCAACCGACGGCAUUGGCCAAGGCCGGUUUCUACUACACGCAGCGCUCAGACGAGGUGGAGUGUCCCUGGUGUUUCGUCGUGAUCGGUCGCUGGGAAGUAGGAGACGAUCCGUUCACAGAGCAUGCUCGGUUUUUCCCGUCCUGCCAGAAGGUGAUCGCUAAUGCUCUUGUUAGCUCCGAUCCACCACCGGACCCCUCGAUCGGCAUUCAGCCCGUGCAGCUCCCGCACAAUCCCAGGUACAGCUCGCUCGAUGCGCGCAUCCGCUCGUUCGAAAACUGGAACCACGAAGAUAUACAGCGUGGCACAGGGCUGGCGGAGGCCGGUUUUUACUAUCUCGGCGAAGCGGAUGAGGUGCGCUGCUUUCACUGCGACGGCGGGUUACGCCUGUGGCUUCCGACAGAUGAUCCAUGGUUCGAGCAUGCCCGUUGCUUCGCUGACUGUCAGUUCCUUCUGCUCGUCAAGGGCCAACAGUUCGUGGAGAACGUGCAGGGACGGGUGGCCCAGCAGACAGAAGGCCAUCCAGAGCAGCAGCACCAACAACAGGGUGCAACCCAAAGCAUCAGUGUUGUAGAUGCUCACGCUCUUAUUACGCCCCGUCGUAUGACCCUGGACGACGCUCUCACAACCGAACCAGUUCAAAUGGCCCUUCAGAUGGGGCUAAACAUUGGGCGCAUUCGUGCGGCCACAAUGCGUAAGCUGCACACCACUGGAGAGCCGUAUCUCAACUCCCAGCAACUUGUCGAGGCGAUACUAGAGGAUCAGCUCGAAGAGGAGGACAUUGAACCGUCCACCUCCUCGUGGAUGGGCCGUCGAUUUCUUUCAAUGGAUGUGCCUUGCCGACGGGAACAGCAGCAAGAGAGAGCAGGCUCCACGAAAGAAUGUUCCCACGCUUCUUUGCGUGCCGCAACUGAUUGCGAACCCGAGAAGCGACCCGAAGUACCUGAGCCGAAUGGGCAAAACACACUCACUGAAGAGGCAGCCCAGCGGCUGCAGGAGGAAAACAAGCGACUGAAGGAUGCACGAGAGUGCAAGAUCUGCAUGUCUGAGGAAGUGGGUGUCGUUUUCUGUCCUUGCGGACAUCUGGUCUCGUGCGUCCAGUGUGCACCGGCCGUGCUUAGCUGCCCCGUGUGCCGGGCCACGAUUAAGGGAAGAGUUCGAACGUUCCUGUCUUAAAACAAAAUUCUUCCGCAACACUCCGGAUGCGACCCUUACAUAGGGGUCGCUCGCAGCGCUCAGGACUUCUCGAGCCUAGUCUUUGGGAUUCUCCGGGCACAAGGCUACAUUUUUGCUGCUGUAGUUCGAUAUCCUCAACCACGUGGGAUAUCAACGGUGGCGUUCUGUAAAUGUCACUUUAUAGUAUAAGCGAACUGGUUUUGUUUGUGAAACACAAGCGGACGAGACGUGUGUCAACGUGAGAUCUUAGAAUUAGAAGAAGAGCGCAAGUACUGAACAAUUCGAAAUGAAAAAAGAUUGAACUGUAUUGAAUACCUUACAUAGGGAAUGCCGGAACUACCCGAAUUCUGUAAUCGAUAUGAAAUGCUUUAGCUAAAAUAAAGC